GUGGACCGGCUCUUCGAAUCAAUUUUGUACUUUAGCGAAAGCCACAUAAGCUGUUUUCCUCGCUACGAAUACAACCUAGUUCGAGCAGAUAGCCAAAAUUUCAAGAGGAUGAAAGUCUUUGCCCUAACAAUCUGCAUUUACCUCACACAAGUGGCUCUCGCGUCUGAAGCAGAUGUCCUUGAAGCUCUGAAAAAACAGGAAACCCUACCGGAAAACGCGAAUCUAACCGAUGAGGAGCUCGUUGAAUAUCUCAAGACGCACCAGACACUUUUUGAGGUUAAUAACGAGAAAGUAGACCACAUCUACGAAGAAGCUGCGAUGCAUCUGACUCCGCUACCGCAGAAUCAAGUUUGA